UGGAUUCAUGAAGUCUAACAAGAUCAGCUCAAAGAGACCACGGACCCCAUCAUCAUCUAUAUUCACGUCAUCCAACGUCGCCGCUGCUCUCAAAUCAUUACCCUCUUCGCCAAUUCCUGCUCUUCUCUCUGGAAGCUCGACAAUCGGAUUUAUGUAGUGGAAUCGUGUAUAUACAUAGCAAUCAGCAAAACACAAGGAAGGAUCUAAGAAAUCCACAGCAGCAAUGAGUUUCAGGGAUGAAAGUGAAGAUGGAAGAGCCGAUAGGGAUCUCAGAAAACCCUUUCUUCAUACGGGUAGUUGGUAUCGUAUGGGUUCAAGACAAUCCAGUAUGAUGACGUCUUCUCAGAUGAUCAGAGACCGUUCAGUUUCUGUGCUUGCUUGUGUUCUAAUCGUUGCUUUAGGCCCUAUCCAGUUCGGUUUCACUGGUGGUUAUUCUUCACCUACACAAGCGGCUAUUACUCGCGAUCUAAAGCUUACGGUUUCUGAGUUCUCUUUGUUUGGUUCUUUAUCAAAUGUGGGUGCCAUGGUGGGUGCAAUCGCUAGUGGUCAAAUUGCAGAGUAUAUUGGCCGAAAAGGGUCUUUGAUGAUUGCAGCUAUCCCUAAUAUCAUUGGCUGGCUUUGCAUAUCAUUUGCCAAUGAUACAUCGUUUCUUUACAUGGGAAGGUUGUUGGAAGGUUUUGGUGUUGGGAUUAUAUCGUAUACAGUUCCUGUUUAUAUUGCUGAGAUUGCGCCUCAAAACAUGAGAGGGGGGCUAGGCUCCGUCAAUCAGCUAUCUGUCACAGUUGGGAUAAUGCUUGCUUAUUUGCUUGGACUUCUUGUUAAUUGGAGAAUACUUGCAAUUUUGGGAACUCUGCCCUGCUUAAUUUUGAUACCCGGUCUCUUUUUUAUUCCGGAAUCUCCUCGGUGGCUGGCAAAGAUGGGUAUGACUGAUGAUUUCGAAUCUUCUUUGCAAGUUCUUCGUGGGUUCGAUACUGAUAUUACCGUUGAAGUAAAUGAAAUUAAGAGGUCUGUAGCAUCAUCAAACAGAAGAAGUGCAAUUCGUUUUUCAGAUCUCAAACAUAGAAGAUAUUGGUUCCCUCUGAUGAUAGGAAUCGGAUUACUUGUUCUUCAACAGUUGAGCGGAAUCAAUGGUGUUCUCUUCUAUUCCAGUAACAUUUUUCAAUCUGCAGGAAUCUCUAGCAGUGAUGCUGCUACAUUUGGACUUGGGGCUAUCCAAGUUAUUGCAACGGGAGUUUCCACGUGGUUGGUUGACAAAACGGGCCGUAGGAUUUUGUUAAUUGUUUCCUCUGCUGGCAUGAGUCUCAGUCUCGUAGUUGUUGUGGUUUCCUUCUUCGUUAAGGGUUUUGUGGAAGACAGUUCUUCCUUGUAUGCUGCAAUGGGUAUCUUAUCAGUGGUUGGAGUUGUGGGCAUGGUAAUUGCGUUUUCUCUUGGGAUGGGGCCUAUCCCAUGGCUUAUAAUGUCCGAGAUUCUUCCUGUGAAUAUAAAAGGACUUGCUGGGAGUAUAGCAACAUUAGCCAAUUGGUUUAUCGCGUGGGUGAUUACAAUGACCGCACCUUUGCUUUUAGCGUGGAGCGGUGGAGGAACGUUCACUCUGUACAUGGUAAUGUGUGCGGGGACGGUUGUGUUUGCGGGCAUGUUGGUACCAGAAACAAAGGGCAAAACAUUGGAGGAGAUCCAGUUUUCACUCAGACAAUAAUAUGCUGUUUGCUGCUUCAUCCUUUUUAUGCUUUAAAUAUUCUUUUUUUGCUUGUUUGUUAUUGCUGCAACUUAUUUGCAAUCAGUGAUUCUUGUUUGCGAAUGCAUGUUUAUCAAUCCCACAACAUUAUUUGUUGUAAUAAUAAGAAGAGAAAGAGUUUUGAGAGUUUCGGUU